CCCAAACCUUGUGUAGUCUUGGGAACCACAAGAACAACGUGACUGCCAAGGAGGUCAUCAGAAAUUUGACCUUGAAACAUUUCAAGACAUCGGCAAAUUUCGCCUACUUUUCGGAUAUAGAGGAAAACAACUUAAAAUGUAGAAGAAUGAGAAAAUGCGUCACUCGAACACCAGUUCGUCACUACCGCACAUGCGCAAUCGUCGGCAAUGGCGGGAUUCUACUCAACAGCAGCUGUGGGAACGAGAUCGAUUGCCAUGAUUACGUCAUCAGAAUCAACAUGGCGCCCGUCAAGAACUAUGAGAAGGACGUUGGAAUGGGGACGAACAUAACUUUCGUCAAUUUCAGCCUUGCCAAAACCCUCCUAAAGAAACUGUCAGACAACACCACACGGGGAGAGGUUGUGGAACGUUUGUCGUCUGUGAAUCAUGGAAUCAUCAGCUACGUUAAACACAUGCCAACGCAAGUCAAGAAGGCUCUUCAAGCCAUAGACAGCAGUCUGGUACAGAAUGGCAUGAACGUCACAGUCACAUACUCUUUAGACAACGUGCCAGUAAAAAUGACUCGCAUACUACGCACCACUCUGAUCCCAAAGUUGAAGUCCCCAACAUCCGGGCUCAUUGCCUACAUCCUGGGAACGACGUUCUGUGACGUCAUCAACCUGUACGGCUUCUACCCGUUCACCACGGACAUGCGCAACAGGACGCUGUUUUAUCAUUACUAUGAUCAUAUUCCCGUUAAUCACAGAAAUAGGCAUAACUUUAAUAUAGAAUAUGACUUUCUUACAACGCUUCACAACACCGGGGCUAUUAGGCUGGUUUCAGACAUAUGUAAAUGAUUUUAUAUCCUAUAAUUUUCCACUUGGAGGCAUCACUCGCAUGGUUCGUGGUUAGA